AUGGGGCUGGAAGUGCCGCCCCUCGCCGCCCCCCAGACCAUGCUCUUCAAGCUGAGGAAAGUUCGCAAGCGGCGAGAGAUGCUGCUGCCGCAGCUGGGCUUCAUCUGCGCCAUCCUCUUCUUCGUGUGGUGCAUGUCCAGCCUGCUCUCCAAACUAGGACAAGAAUCUGCUAUUACAGACAAAAAUGUUUUGUCAGAAAUAUGGAGGAAUAGAAGAUUGAUGGCCUCACAUAAUGUGACACAUGAAGAAAAGAACUGUACAGAGCCAGCAAUUAAUGAAUUUCCUGAAGAUGUAUUUACAAAUAAGGAUCGGCAGGAGGGAGCAGUACUGUUUCAUAUUAUUGGUGCUCUUUAUAUGUUCUAUGCCUUGGCUAUAGUAUGCGAUGACUUCUUUGUUCCCUCGUUAGAGAAAAUUUGUGAGAAAUUACACUUGAGUGAAGAUGUUGCUGGAGCCACUUUCAUGGCUGCAGGAAGCUCGACCCCAGAGUUAUUUGCAUCUGUAAUAGGUGUAUUUAUCACUCAUGGUGAUGUAGGAGUUGGGACCAUUGUUGGGUCAGCAGUUUUCAACAUCCUUUGCAUUAUUGGCGUCUGUGGGAUAUUUGCGGGACAGGUGGUUCGUCUCACCUGGUGGUCUGUGUUUAGGGACUCAGUGUACUAUACGCUUUCUGUGAUUCUUCUUAUCAUUUUCAUAUAUGAUGAGCAAAUAGUAUGGUGGGAGAGCCUUAUACUCAUCGUUAUGUAUUUCUUCUACAUACUUAUCAUGAAGUACAAUGUGAAGAUGCAAAAGUUGUUUACCAUCAAAAGCAUGAACGUUGGGAAUGGCAACACAGUCAGCAAUGAGCUGGAAGAUGUGAAGGGAAAGCAGCAAUAUGGCAAAAACCCGGUGGUGAUGGUGGAUGAGAUCAUCUGCUCCAGUCCCCCGAAAUUCCGCUUCCCUGAAGCUGGUUUACGAAUAAUGAUUACAAAUAAAUUUGGACCCAGAACCAGACUGCGGAUGGCAAGCAGGCUCAUUAUUAACGAGCGUCAGCGACUGAUCCACUCUGCCAAUGGCACGAGCAAAACGCUUCAAAAUGGGAAACAUGAAAAUAUUGAAAAUGGGAACAUCAUUGUGGAAAAUCAAGAGGAGGAGAAUGAACAUGAAAACGCGUCUCCCUUUUCAGCACCAGAUGGAAAAAUGAACAAAGUCAAAUGGAUUUUCACGUGGCCAUUGCUAUUCCUGCUCUUUUGUACCAUUCCAAACUGCAGCAAACCACGUUGGGAGAACUUUUUUAUGCUGACAUUCAUUUUAUCCACUUUGUGGAUUGCUUUGUUCUCCUAUUUUAUGGUGUGGAUGGUUACUAUAAUUGGAUACACUCUGGGGAUCCCUGAUGUUAUCAUGGGCAUUACUUUCCUAGCUGCAGGAACGAGUGUACCAGACUGCAUGGCCAGCUUAAUCGUAGCAAGACAAGGUCUUGGUGAUAUGGCAGUAUCCAAUACAAUAGGGAGCAAUGUAUUUGACAUUUUAGUAGGCCUUGGAGUACCAUGGGGCAUGCAAACUAUGUUGAUUGAUUAUGGAUCAGUGGUUAAGAUAAAUAGCAAGGGACUGGUCUAUUCGGUUGUGCUUCUGCUGGGGUCUGUAGCUCUUACUGUGGGUGGAAUCCAUGUAAAUAAAUGGAAACUUGACAAGAAACUAGGCUUCUACGUGCUGUUUCUUUAUGCCAUUUUCCUGUGUUUCUCUGUAUUGAUAGAGUUUAAUGUCUUCACCUUUGUCAACUUUCCAAUGUGCCGAGAAGAUCUUUAA